AUGGCAGCCAGAAGGACUCUGAGAAUCGGCCUCAUCCCCGGUGACGGCAUUGGCAGGGAGGUGAUCCCAGCCGGCCGGCGCAUCCUGGAGGCGCUGCCCACCAGCCUCGGGCUCAAGUUUUCGUUUGUCGAUCUGGAGGCCGGUUUUGAGACCUUCCAGAAGACGGGCGCAGCGCUGCCCGAUCAGACGGUGGAGAUCCUGACGCAGGAGUGCGAUGGUGCCUUGUUCGGCGCUGUCUCGUCGCCGACUACGGCCGUCAAGGGCUACUCGUCGCCGAUCGUGGCCCUGCGCAAGAAGCUGGAUCUGUAUGCCAAUGUGCGGCCUGUCAAGACGGCGGUGGGCGAGAAGGGGGUGAAGCCGAUCGACAUGGUCAUUGUGCGCGAGAACACCGAGGACCUGUACGUGAAGGAGGAGCGGACAUUUGAGGACCCCAACGGCCACGGAAAGGUGGCUGAGGCGAUCAAGCGGAUCUCGGAGCGUGCGUCGUACCGGAUCGCCGCCAUGGCCGGCGAGAUCGCGCUGCGACGGCAGAAAAUCCGCGAGGCCGGCGUGCCCAGCAUUCACAGCCGGCCGGCCGUGACGAUUACGCACAAGUCCAACGUGCUCUCGCAGACGGACGGCCUUUUCCGCUCGGUUGCGCGUCAGGCCCUGGCGGCGCAGAAGUUUGUCGACGGCGGCGUCGGCAUCGAGGAGCAGAUCGUCGACUCCAUGGUGUACAAGCUCUUCCGGCAGCCCGAGUACUACGACGUGAUCGUGGCGCCCAACCUGUACGGCGACAUCCUGUCGGACGGUGCGGCCGCCCUGGUCGGCUCGCUCGGCCUCGUGCCCAGCGCCAACGUCGGCGAGGGCUUUGCCAUCGGCGAGCCCUGCCACGGCAGCGCGCCCGAUAUUCAGGGCAAGAACAUUGCCAACCCGAUCGCGACGCUGCGCAGCACCGCCCUGAUGCUCGAGUUUCUCAACGAGGAGACGGCGGCUGCCAAGAUCUACGCUGCCGUGGACGCCAACCUGGCCGAGGGUAAGCUGCUGAGCCCGGACCUGGGCGGCUCGGCCAAGACGGACGAGGUCGUCGAGGAUGUUCUGCGCAGACUCUAG